GACGUAAUCUGACAGUAGAUGCGUGCCUACUGACACAUAGCUAUGGUAGAUCGUCCUCGUAAAACUUUGGCGGACGCAGAAAAAUAACUUUCGAGAGCGUAGAGGCACAAGAUUUGUACUCGAGCACACGGCAACAACGCGGGAUAAUGUCACACCAAACAGGAAUCAAGGCCAACGAUGCGUUGAAGAAAUUGUUCGCUAAGUGCCGCGACGGGAAGAUACGAGUGCUCAAGAUUUCGAUAGAGAACGAGGAACUGACGCCAGCAUCUUCCGCUAAACCGAUAAAUAAAUGGCAAGAUGAUUAUGACAAGAUGAUCAAGCCACUGAUUGUGGAGAAUCAGCCAGCAUAUAUCCUUUACAGAUUGGAUACAAAGUCACCUGACUCUGGCUAUGACUGGUUAUUUAUAUCCUGGUCUCCUGAUACGGCGCCAGUUAGACAAAAAAUGCUCUACGCUUCCACCAAGGCUACUUUGAAGCAAGAAUUCGGCACUGCCUCUAUAAAAGAAGAACUACAUGGUACUGUGCCAGAAGAUAUCACACUGGAGGGUUAUCAUAAGCAUAAGAGGAACGAUACAGCACCUGUACCAUUGACAACAGCUGAAGAGGAGUUAGCUGAAUUGAAGAAGACCACUGCUGCUACAGACUACAGUGUCGAAACAAGACAUCAGACACUGAGCGGCGUAGCAUUUCCUGUAACAGAUGAAGCCAAGCAGGCUAUUACAGAAAUGGCUAAAGGAGUUCACGAAUAUAUCCAAUUGAAAAUUGACCUGGAAGAGGAGAAGAUACAUUUGGUGACAGCUUGUGAUGUCUCAUUGGAUAAAUUACCUACCAAAGUCCCAUCUGAUUCUGCUAGAUAUCAUCUUUAUAACUUUAAGCAUACUCAUGAAGGAGAUUAUACAGAAUGCAUAGUUUUCAUAUAUAGCAUGCCAGGAUAUAGUUGCACUAUUAAAGAAAGAAUGUUAUAUUCCUCCUGUAAAGGGCCUCUCUUGGAUCUUAUUCAGUCUCUGGGAGUAACUAUAGCAAAGAAGUGGGAAGUAAAUAGUGGGGAGGAAUUGGCAGAUACAUUGGAAGAUCCUCCAAGCAUAAAAGACACAGCUGCAAUAACUCCUGCAACUCCGUCAACACCUUGUGCCCCUACUCAAUCUAUACCAGAGAAAAAAUCAAAACAGAAACGGUCUUGUGUCUUGAGCUAACCGGCUUAAAGUAUUUGUCUGCCAUUAUUGCUGCUUCUCGCCAAUUGAAAUGUUUGUGAUGUUUUACGCAUCAAAUAUCUUCCUUCGUGAAUUCCAGAAUUGUGAUAGUAUGAUAUUAUGACAUGGAAUGUGUCAUUCGAAGAUAAAAUAAUGGGUUUCCAAUAUUUGACGUUAGAACAAAUUAUAAUUACGUAGCUAUGUACAAUUCUAAAUUAAUUUAGAAACAGCAGAAAAAGAAAAUGUAAUGCAUCGUGUAAAGGGAUAGUAAUCAGUGUUGUUUAUCAACAUUUAGGAUUAAUUUGACGAAGUGAUACGUAUAAACUAGCAAAACAGAGUAGACCAAAUGGUGUAUUUUUCUAAAUUUUAAAAACAAAAUUGCCACACGCGUAAAACUCUUUGUGAAACAUUACUGUAACUUACUCAACAAUAAGUGUGACAAGCCUAUGACAUGGACAGCCCCAUAACACAUAUACUUUUUGUUUCGCAUAUACUGUAUGAAAUUAUUCUCAUUUAUAUGGAAAAAGGGAGAGGAAAAGACGAUGCCGCGAGAGAUGGAGUUGGAUUACUUUGUUUGACAUUGAAAGCUAAGCCUCACGCAUUUUGGACUUCGUAUAUUUAAUAUAUGAACACCUCUAUGUGAUAUGAUAGCAAAUGCGUAUGUAACUUAGUUUUAAUACAGGACCUAAUAUAACACAUUCUAUUCAUAUAGAGAGUUCCUCGAUUCUAAAUAACUUUAUAUUUUACGCGCGCGCGAUUAUUUUUUUUAACUCUAUAUAUCUAAAGUAUACUAUACUUUCUUAGAAAAAGAAAAAAAAUAUGGAAAUGUACUGAGUCUAUCGAAUUAGUUCCUAGUCUUAUGAAGGUGAUAUGUAUCUUUUUAAGUAUCUUUUAAACAGAAUUUGAAGGCUUGGCUUUUAAACUCAUACAAAUAUUCAUAUAGAAUUUUAGUAUAAUAUAAUGUUUUUAUCUGAUGUCUGUGGUAACCCCUGCGUACCAUAUGUGAUGGUUAGAGAGUUAGGAAAAAUUCCAUUUGCUCUAAGUAGAUAAAGAGAAAGAACAGGGGAAGAGAGAGAGAGAGAGAGAGAGAGAGAGGAAGAGAGAGCUAAAGCCAUUCACCUAACUUCUCUACAUAUUUUCAAUAUGAUGAUAAUGUAGUAGACACAAGUGAUAUAAAUAUGCAAACACCACAUUAACGUGGAUAUAUUUUUUUCGCACAUUAUUAUUUCAGCUACAAGAUAGUGAUAAAUGCUAGUUACUUUACAUAUAUAUUAAAUUUUAUAUCAUGUUCCAUAUACAAUUGUAAAUGCCACAAAAUAUUAGAUUUCUACAAAUGUGUGCGUAUGAUGUAAGACUGAUCUUGGUGAGUCCUGUCAGCUGUUAAUGCAUGUUAAAUCUCAUUUAAGUCAACUCGAAGUAUAUUAAUUUAAUCUUCCGUUAUAUAUGCUUUCACAUAGUUUUAUAUUCGCACAGCUAUGUUACGAGGUAUCGCGUCGUUCUUAUUAUCAAUUAUUUAAGAUAUGCGACACAUAUACUGGGAUUACUUCAAAAUAUCUCCAAAUAUUUAACUAAACAUGCAACUUACAGCAGACUGGGACUAAAAUCUGAUAGCCAGCAACAAAAUAUAUCAGAGGCAUUCUAUUUUUUGUGAUCUGUAUUUUUUUAAUACUUGUAGCUUUUUAUAAAACUUUUUAAACAUUUUAGUGCGAAACAUGAGAAAAUCAUUGAUGAAAACGGUCUACUUGUUAUGAGAAUGAUUUUCAAGUGAGUCAAAUUCUUGUAAUUGUUUCUUCCACAAAUGCUUACUAUUUUUGUACCUUACACCAAUAAACACAUAAACAUAUAAAUAUGAUAUUUUUAUAAACACAAAGUUUUAAAGAAAUUUUAAAAUAUUUAUAUGAUUGUGUAUUCGUUGUUUUUUUACUAAAUAUCAACUUAUGACUCCGUUGACAAUCUGCAAUCUGGAAGAGAGGAAUUAACAGCAUUUGACUCACGUUUUGCAUAGAUACAAUUGAGAAUUGCACUAUGCUUAAAGAUCGUCUAAACGAAUGUGUUUUAUUUCACAAGAUUAUGACGCACAAUGUUGCCGAGUAUUUUUUAGUUAAGUGUCGUACAAGGCCUAUUCCGUAAGUCACUAAUUUUAUUCUAGCACCGAACUGCUUCAGUUCUAGUUAUAUCGACUCAUUACGAACAAGGAAAUUGUAUGUCUUGCCAAUAUAUCGAAUAUACUGGAAAUAAUAAAGUAUAAUGCAAUUUAAA